AGCAGAAAUUGUGAAGAGGAAACUCCAUGUUGUAACAAAGUUUCCUCCGCGGGCGUCUCUUUCUCUCUCCCCCUUUUUUGUUUUUCUCCCCCCCCCCAUUUUCCCCUCCCCCUUUUUUUCUUUUUUUGGGGGGGCAAUUUCCCCCCCCUCCCCGCCGCCCGAUCCGCCCCCGAAGUAACUCCUGGAGGAUCGGAGCGCGGCGGGAGGAGCUUGCGGAGGAGGGACCCCCCCGGCCAACACUUCUGGUCUAAUGGACAGUCAGUCCAUUAUCACCCAGGUUAGCAAGGAAGAGGUGAACACCCCUCUGCAGGAGAAAGGUGCUCACAGCCCAUCGCCGUCCAAGAAGCCCCGGAACCGCAGCAUCUUCCAGUCCCUGUUCUGCUGCCUCUGCCAUGACGCCUCGGACCCUGUCCCGGUCAACAACAACGCGCCCCUGCUGGUGGAGGAGAACGGCGUCGUGCCCAAGGCCGCUGUCAAGUACCUGCUGCCCGAGAUCAAAGCCCAGGACGCCAGCAAGCUGUGUGUGGUCAUCGACCUGGACGAGACGCUGGUGCACAGCUCCUUCAAGCCCGUGAACAACGCCGACUUCAUCAUUCCUGUCGAGAUUGAUGGCAUCAUGCACCAGGUGUACGUGCUGAAACGCCCGUACGUGGACGAGUUCCUGCGGCGCAUGGGCGAGCUCUUCGAGUGCGUGCUCUUCACCGCCAGCCUGGCCAAGUACGCGGAUCCCGUGGCUGACCUGCUGGAAUGGGGAGCUUUCCGCGCCCGCCUCUUCCGCGAGUCCUGCGUCUUCCACCGCGGCAACUACGUCAAGGACCUGAGCCGCCUGGGCCGGGACCUGAGCCGCAUCAUCAUCGUGGACAACUCCCCGGCUUCCUACAUCUUCCACCCCGACAACGCGGUGCCGGUGGCAUCGUGGUUCGAUAACAUGGCCGACACGGAGCUCCUGGACCUGCUGCCUUUCUUUGAGGGACUCAGCAAAGUGGACGACGUUUAUACAGUGCUAAAGCAGCACCGGACUAGCAGCUAGUGACCCGGGGCCGGGCGAGAUUCCCCACUCCUCCCUCUGCCGGCUGCCCCACUGAUCUACCCACAAGCCCCAGCGCCAGCCUGCAGCUUCUCCGGGGCGCGGAGCGGAGGCUGUGACAGGCGGCGGAGGGGCUGGGCGGGGAGCCUAGCGUGGGGCUCACACCCGCCAGGCAUGGAGGAGACGCCCGGCCGCAUCACUCAAAACCAGCCACAAACCUGGACUUUUGUCGUCACGUAACGGUUCUUCUCCUGGAAACUGGGGAGGGCUGGAGAACCACGGCCCGGUCACCUCUGAUUGGCCUGGGGGGUCCAGAACCACGGCCCAGUCCCCUCUGAUUGGCCUGGGGGGGCUCAGGACCACGGCCUGGUCCCCUCAGCUGGGCCGGGGGGUUCACAGAACCGCGCCCCAGCCCCAUCUCGCUUGCCGUGGAGGUGGGAGAGGCAGGGGGGGUUGGUCCCAGGAACCCGGUCCGGAGAUGCUUAGCCAUGGAGGGCAGAGACCCUGUCACCCCCCGGUGCAGGGUGCAAAGUGCCCCCAGGAGGUGGGUGGGGGCAUUUUUGCCUGCUUUGCCCGGAUGGGAACGACUCCCCCAGCUGUGGGCGAAGGGAAUGUGGGGAGCCUGUGACCCACACGAUAGCUGGGUCCCAGAUCCUGUCCCCUCCAGAAGGCCCUGGGCUCCUGUUACCCACUGGUGGGGUGCGGGCCCCGUUCCAGGGGGAUCCUGCAGGGAAGGGGGGGCAGGAGGGUCAGUGCCAAGCGCUGGGGCCUGGAGGGGUGUUGGUUGCGAGGGCGGGCGCUGAGCAGAGGGGAUCGGCUCCCCCAGCAGGGCUGAGAGAGGAAGGACAUGGAGAGAGAUUGGGGGGGAGGAGCCGGAGGGACUCACAGAGACUGGGCUAGUGGAAGGGAGGCGGGGCUAGCAGAAGGAAGGCGGGGCUAGCAGAAAGGAGGCAGGGCUAGUGGAAGGGAGGCAGAGAGUCUGAGCUGAGCAGAGCUGCUGGAGUAGCCUGGGGGGGGUAGGGGGGAGGGCAGCUCAGCCCCCCCAGGCUCCAGGCAUAAGGGGACAGGGAUGGGCACUAAGGUGAGAAUUCCUGGGCGGCUGUUAAACCUUUCCCUGCUGGUUAUAUGGAGGGUGCCCGCCCCCCCCCCCCCCAACGGUUCUUACUUCCCCAUCGCCUCUGGGCCUCACGGGGAAAUCGGAUUUCUAGGUGCCUUGGGACUGGGGGCCAUUGACCCCCUGGGCCAGUGCCACUUGGCUUAUGCAAAUGUCGCCUUUCCCUGCAGUGCAUUGUGGGGCUUUAACCUCCCCCCCCCCCCCGAGGAACUGCCAUUACGGCUGUCAGAAGCCAUCAAGGUGCCCCCGUGCUGUGGUUGGUUAGAGCAGGGAGUAGGCUGGGCCGUUGGGUUGAGCCCACCCCAGCCCUGGACAGGGUGAAGGGGGGCAGUGGGAUCGCCCCAGGGGGGUCUCAGCUGGCCAUGGCUGGCAGCAGCUCUCCUGCCGGCCAGUGAGCUUCCUGGUGGCCUGGGGCUGCUGCAUUCCCAGCAGAUGAGGUGGGAGGGUGCAGUGACACCAGCAAAGAGCAACUCCACAGGCCUGCUUUAGAGAGACACCUCCAGUGCCUGGAAGGAUGCCCAAUCCCCUUAACUCUGCCCUUCCCCAGGAAGCCGGGCCUGCAGAGAAACAAGCAGCAUCUCUGACUGCAGCUGUGGGGGGGGCUCCUUCCUCUGGGAUCACGUCUAUGUCUCCUUCUCUUUAGUGCCUUCAGCCCUCCCUGCUGCUUUCCAAACGGUUGGGGGGGGGGCAGAUUCCCGGGCCUUGGGACUGGCUCAAACCUCUGCCUUCUCACUGUGUUCAGAACCGUAAAUCCCCCGAACCGACCCCUGCCCGCCUGGGAGCGUACUGUAGAGAUUGUGCCUUGGGACACCAGGUCCCACCCACCCCUAACCUCUGGGGGGCCUUGGCUUUGCUCACCGCUGCACCAAGGCAGGACUCGGGGUGCUAGCCCCACCCCCCGUCAGUGGGGCAAUGGGUUGGUUCAAUGGCUGUUCUGAUGGGGAUGGGGGUCUCCCUCCCCGCCCAACCAAACUGCUCCCAAAGCUUCAGCUCUGACUUUGGGUUCGGGGAGCAGGGAUUUUGAGUGGGACGGAGGGAGCGACUCUCCCCCCGAAUCAAUUGCCCCCCAGCCGCUUCCCAGGGCCGCAUUCAGGUUCACUGGAGACCUGCUUUGCAUUCCCCUCCCCCAGGCUCCCCACAACACCCCCUUGUGCCCCACACCACUAGGGGGUGCUGUCUCGGGAAGGCGCCCCCUUUCUAUUGCCUUAACUGUUUUGUAUGCGCGUUGUUCUCGGCCGUGCCUUGAGGCGGUGGCGUCCAAGCAAUGCUGCCGCGGAUCUCUUUAGCCUUAGCUUGGGAAACGUCCCUCAGGGAGAGGUCUCGGGGGGGCCAAGGGCAGGGGGAGUCAUGCAUUUUAACCGGGCACAUUUCGCUCAUAUAAAUAUGUAUCAUGUGUAUAUAUAUUUUUAGGGAAAGCAACGGCGACACAAGUCACCAGAGGAUUUUUACAGCUGGUAUUUUUAACGGUGUUCCUGGGAGAUGGUUAUUUUUCUGAUCGGGGUGGUUCCUCGUGUGAAGAAGCAGGGAGGGAUAUGGGGAGGGGGGUGGGUAUUUUGUCUGCCGGAUGAUGUCUGUAUUGCAUGCACGCAGCCCUUCUCCAAAUGCCUGCCUGUCGCCCGUCCCCCCAUGAGCCCCAGGCUGCGCCCAGGGCCUGACAGCCAACUGCCUCUGUCUUACGGUGCUGGGUUUUCCAGGAAAGUUUUAGCUCUUUAAAAUCUGGGCCCUUUGGUUGGUUUGAUUUGUUGGUUUUCCUCCCUGAUUUUGUAACCGCCAGGUGAAAAAUACUGGUGUGUGUGUGUCAAUUUCACACCUCCAAAUUUGUCCAUUCUCAUACACUAUCUAUCUAUCUAUCUAUCUAUCUAUCUAAAUUAGCCAAAACCCGAUAUUUCUGUCCUAUGGGAAAUUCAGAGAUUUUUGAAAUUUCGUUUAAUCCUAAAUCAGGGCGAAGAGUUGAGAUCUCAGACGUUGUCACAAACCGACGUGUUUGGACCGAUUUCGUUUUGACUUUAUGGGAACGUUUAGUUUCCGUAGGGUCGAAAUGUUUCGUUCUGCCGUUCGGCGUCUCUGCUGCAAGGGACAGUCUCAGACAUGGUUCUAAACGGAAUGUUUGGACAAUUUCCCAUCGACAAUUGGGGUGAACACGAUAUGUCCCCAUGAAACAUUUCGACAACAUCACGUCAGCCUCUUCCAAUGGAAACCUGUUCUGGUGGACAGUCCCCACCCCGCUCUGCCAUCAGCCCUACAACUAUACAUCUCCAGCUCCUGGCAUGCCACUCGCCCUCUCUGCCCCUGCGCCAGCUCUCAGAUUCCCCCAAGCAUCUGCCAAGCCAUGUCAACAUCUGUCUUGCCCCUCUCGGUGGAGAGAGCUGCACCCACUCCAGUGGGGGGCACUACAGAGCCAUCAGUGCCUCUGCAGCACCCCCACCUGGGCAGCAUGAAAUCUGAUUCCCUUCACUGCUGGAUUUCCCCUUUAGUGCCACAUCCCUACAGCGGCCUCUGCCCAGUGCCCGAGGCUGACGCCCACCAGCCUGGCCUGAGCCCAAUUCUGCUCCCUUGGCUGGCCAGGGCCUGACCCCCUGGGAAGCAGUAUUGGAAAACCCAGCACUUCCCUGGGUAAGGAAAAAGCAAUCCGUUUUUAACCUGGUUGGUUUCAUGCCACUGUGGUGCAGCCCUGGCUAACACUGCCCCCUGCUGGGCACCCCCUGCUUUGGCAGCACAGGGGCAGUUUUGUAUCGUAACUGCCAGCACGUGGGGAGCGCCCCUGCACUGGCCUUUGGAGAAAGGGCUGCGGGCCUGCGGCUGUUCGUAUUUUCACUCUGUAUCUGUUGGGUAAAGAGACAACCCAAGAGCGAAUCACAACUACGGGAGAGAGAGAGAAACCCGAUCAAAGUGCCUUUUGUGUGAUUAAACUGUAAAAUAAUCUUUAAAGGAAAAAAAAAAUACCGUGAGAACCAA